AUGUCGAUAGCAGAUGGAGAGUAUGAGAUUGAUCUUUCGGCUUUUUUGGAUAAAGAUCAUUCAUCUGAACGAGAUAUUUCACUUGGCAUAAGAUAUGGAUUUAGACCUGAUUCAAUGGAUCAGACUAGUCCACUUACAUUAUAUCAGACGGAUCAAGAAAGUUUAAUACAAGCUAAGACAAUAGACGGUUCGGGGGAUAAUACGAUAAUAUUUGAAGGGAAUCCAAAGAGGCUGGGGCCUUCCAAAAAUCCUGCAAAUGAGACGUACUUCCUCACAGUGUCGCCAACAGGGGACAACCAGGUUGUAUUGAAAAAGUUGGAUAACACGAUUCGGGUUUCCAAAUCACGCAAUGUUGUCAAGUGGGAAAGAAAGAUCGAAUCGUGGAAUAAAGAGAAUGAUAGUCGACAAAAUCGUAAAAUAUAUAUUCCAAAAAUAGAUGAGAGGUCUUCUCAGACGGAUAAAGGUCCAGCCAAAGCAUCUAAAAGGCCACCGGCCAAUAAUUCCAAAAUUAAAAGUAAUGCAGUCAUUGUUGAUUCUGACGAGGAAUCGGGUUUCAUUGAUGAUGGCAUGAAUGACUCGGAAUUCCCCGAUAUUCAUUUUGAUUCUAUUCCACAAGAAGCACAUAUACCUAAGAAAGCGUCGACCGCUCAGACUCCGUUAAGUACUUCCAAGAUACGCCCAGAAGUCAAAUCAGAUAAAGAGGAUAAACCAAAACCAGCAUCUAAAUCAGGACCGAAGCCAGGUCUGAAGCUGGGUCCAAAACCCAAGGUCAGUGUGGAAUCCAGUUCAAAACCUUCAGAGUCAGACUUAAAAGAGAUGCCACCACAGAAACCGCAAGAGGAUGAUUCAGAUUUGGACAUUGAUGAUGAUUUUAAAGAUUUAGAAGAUCAAUUACGGGAGGUAUUAGAAGAAGAUGGAAAUCAAGCUGCAAAUAAGUCACAAAACACUGCCGUUGCUGACGAAGAUGACGAUGAAAGUGAUGCAGACGAUUACAAUUAUCCGUCGCAGGCUCCAAUCAAGAUCAAUUUUGAAGAAGGUGGUUUGAAUAAAAAUAGUCGACCUACCUUAACUAAAUCAUAUUCCGGAAACUCUCAAAGUAGGCCGAUGAGUUUAAAGGAUUUAGUGGGUAACAGAAGAAAAGUCGAUGAGGACCCAAGCAGCGAAGAAGAAUAA